AUGGGCAAUAGCAAAGGAGUCAGGGAUAUCCCAUCAGUGUACAAGACGGAGGAUUCUUCUUUCAAAGGUUCUUCAGGUAUGGGAAGAGAGAGCUGCGGUGGCAGCACAAAGGAGGGACUGGCGCAGAGAAGUGGUUUUGCAACCCAUGAUCCUGCUUAUCAUCAAGUAUGCUUUCAAUUGAAUAUGAAUGGAGACAUUUUAAAAUUGUCUUGCCUUUGCUGGAUGCUUAUCCUCAUCGAGCAUAUUCUUCAUGUGAACGGUUAUAUUUUUAAAGGUCUUGUCAUUGCUGCUGAAUUCUUACACAUUAGUGUACUUCGAGGAAUAUUGAUGGACACCGAUACGAUACGAUUCGCGGAGCAACCAAUCAAUGGACAUCAAGAUGUCAGUGAUUCAAUUUUGAUCGAAUGCUAUUUCAGCGAAGCAAUUGAAUUGCUCACAUAUCACUUGACUGUCAGCUCUAUUUGGACUCUAAACAUCUUGCAAGUCGACACAGUGCUGGUGGGUACGGUUACAGAUGCUUAUUCCAUUGAAUGCUGGUAG